UAUGAAUUUCUUUCAUAUUUGAUAUAUUGAUUUUGUUAAAAACUUUCGUGGCUAACUUGAGCGUCUUAAGUUCCCUGGUAGAGCACACUUCUGCAGCCCUUUACCGUCUUUCCUCCUGCUUUCAGAUUGUGCUUUCUUCUGUACCAGCUGCCUCUACCUUCUUAUUCUACACUGCUGCGGGAUCUUCACAUUCAUGAUUGCAAAGAGUAAUAGCAUAGAAAAAAGAGAAGGAAAUCAGACAAUGGAUGGAAGAGCUACAUUCACUCUUCUAAAAUUAACCUACUUUGGGACUUACAUGACAAAACAGAAUUGAAGAGAACCUGCUUGAGCAAUGUAAAAUAGAGUGAUCCAUCAGUUGCUGUGUCAUGGUCCCAAUAAAUUGUUAAUUAAUUGCUUGCACUUUUCCAUCCAAGAUUAAGUGGUUUUAGAUUCUAUUUUAGAGGAUUUAAUAUUGUCUUUUCUCCAAUGUGAUCAUUAAUGGAUGUCAUGGCGGUUAUUUGUUAACUUGAUCAUUGGUACCAUGUUUUCUCCAUGUUGGCUUAGGGACUCUCUAACCUUAUGGCAGCAAGUUUGCUUGAAGAAUUGGCCAUUGGGGAUUUCUUUGUACAAGGAUGAGGUUAAUGGAGGUUAUAUGAAUGUAUAUGUAAGUUGGUAUAAAAAUUAGCCUUUUUAUUUUUCUGGUGCUUUGGGUAUGGUCUAAUUGGAUAACUGUCCUUUUGCUGUUGAAGUACCUGCUGGUUCCUCAAUAGGGUACAAUGUGGCUUUGCUGUGGAGUCGGAUCCUCUUAGAGUUGGCAGAAAGGAAUUAGCCUUUGUUUCAAUAAAAAUAAUUGAAAUAGAGAAGCCAAUAAUCUGCUUUUUGUGGAAUCCCUGGUUAGAGUUGUGUUUUAAACCCAUAUUCCUUUUGCUGUCACCAAGUUUGUGGGUUUAUUUGACAGGAGAGAGUUUCUGUCGGACUUAGCCUACAGUGGCCAUAAUUCCUACUGAACUGCUUCAGAUAUCCACAAACAAAACCCAAGAUUUCUUCAUGUAAGGAGAGAGUUUUGCAGGCAGUAAGUUUUGGGGUUCUCUUUCAUACUUGCACAUAUGGUUAUGUAAAUGCUCUGUAAAUCAUCCCUGAAUCUUGCAGGCCACUAUGUACUACAACUUGUGGAGCAGGGUUUGUCUAUGAUCAACACAAGGACAUACAAAUAUAAGUUAAUCAUCACAAAGGUUUUAUGGUAGGCAAUCUGGAAGCCAAUUAUUAUUACGAUUAUAGUGCAUUGCCAAGAUAUGCUCGGACCUGUUAUGUGAGACCAAACCAGCUCUGCCUCAAAGCCAGACAAGUGUAUUCUUCAAAGUCUCCAUACUAACUUGCCUGAACUUUGAUGAGUGCAACAAUUUCAUGAACAAAGUCUUUGAAGAAUAUACAAAGAUGGACAUUUUCAGAAAAAAGAGAAGCAUCAUCAACGAUUUCUCUUGGAUCCAUGGUAACUAGGUGGCUGGUUUUAGCAUGUUCCUUGGGAAUUGCAGCAUUGAUCUUGCUGAACUUUGGACCUUAUGCGUUGCUCUCCUUCUGGCUUUAGAACUUAACAUUAACAAUACCAGCCACCACCCUCAUAGGAUUAUCAUCAAGAAAAUCGCUGGCACUACCAAUGCCAGGAGGUGGAGCCCGACCGCUUCACAGCUGAUUGGAUGGCUAAAAAUAGUCUUGAAAUCAUCAACUUGUGUUUGAAAUCCCUUCCAAGGGUAUUUUGGCUUAUCAUUCUUGUUGAUGCUGAUAGAAUUGCAU